AUGCCCGACCCUAUCCCGCUAACCUGGAACGAAGCACUCUCCGGCGUUACCGGCUCCAUCUCCCUCGCUGCCUGGAUCUUUCUUCUCGUGCCUCAGCUGGUGGAAAACUACCAGCAAGGCAGCGCCGAAGGCAUCAGCCUUACCUUCCUGGCCAUCUGGCUUGUGGGCGAUAUCACCAAUCUCGCUGGUGCAGUAUGGGCUGGUCUCGUGCCAACUGUCAUUGCGCUGGCGGUCUACUUCUGCAUCGCCGAUGCUAUCUUAAUUGGGCAGUGCUUGUACUACAAUUCACUGAAUCGGCGGCGUGAGGAGAAAGCGGAGGCGAAAAGCAUGCGCGCGACCAAGCGAGGAAACAGCAUGACGGACAUUCGCGACGACAAUCUGGGUCUACCUGGCAGUAGAAGGCGAACAAGCAGUGGUACUUCUGGGCACCGUCAUCCGCAUGGCGACCGUGCUGCCAGCGUUGCGACCCUUGACCGGAUCACCGAGGAACCGUCUCGCUCACGUGCGGCGUUGAAGAACACCAUUUCGGUCGUGCUGAUCUUCGCGGUAGGCGCCGCAGGCUGGGCCAUCGCAUGGAAGACCGGCGCAUGGCGACCGACACCCGUAGGCGGAGAAGACGGAGGCGAGCCCACACCCCUCGGCGCCUCCAUCUUGGGCUACGCCUCGGCUGUGUGCUAUCUCGGCGCACGCAUUCCGCAGAUUGUCAAGAACCAACGCGAACGAAGCUGCGAUGGACUGAGUUUGCUUUUCUUCGUGUUAAGCUUGAUCGGUAAUGCGACGUACGGUGCUGGCAUCCUUUUCCACAGCGUGCAGAGAGACUACUUCCUCACUAACUUGCCGUGGCUGAUUGGGAGCUUGGGUACGAUGGUGGAGGAUGCCAUCAUCUUUGUGCAGUUCUCGGCUUUUGGGGAGAAGGAGGAGAAAGAGGGUGUGGCCGACGGGAGUGCUGUUGAAUGA